AUGACCUGCUUCUUUUGUUUUUUUAUUUUUCUAAUAAAUUUAAAUAUUUUUGUUUGUCAAAACAAUUCACUCCAAACAACAACACAAACAACCCCUAAAACAACAACAACAUCCCCACAACCAAUAAAUAUAUCUUCAACAACAACAUCAACACAACUUUUGCUUAAAGUUGGAAUAUUGGGGGCUAAUUCUAGUGAAUUAAGAUCUGCUUAUGGUUUUGGACAAAGUGUUCCAGCAAUUUCUAUUGCUAUACAAAGGGCUAGAAAUGAACAUUUAAUUGAUUUUGUUAAUUUUACAUUUACUUGGUUAAUUUGUGAUUGUGAUCAAGUACUUGCUGUUGGAUAUUCUAAUAAAUUAAUUCUUGACCAAGAUGUUGAUGUUGUUAUUGGGCCUCCUUGUGUUACAGCGGCAAUUGAUUCAAGUUUGGUCCCAGGAUUUUAUAAUAUUCCUGUUUUCUUAUGGGGUGCCACUGUUGCUACUGCUCUCGCAAAUGUUUCUGUUUAUCCGACAUGUACUAAUAUUAAUACUGAUACAAAAAUCCUUGCUCAAGCAGUCGAAGCUAUUCUUAUGCAAUUUCAAUGGUCUGAAGUAUCCCUCGUUUAUAUUCCUGAUAAUGUUCGAAGGCGAGUAGUUAAAGCUAUCAAAUAUUUUUAUUUUUUACCCUGA